AUAAGUCCUGCCUGUCUUUUCGGAGGUGUGGAAAUACGCGACAGCACGCUCGGAGCGUUCACGUGAACGUUGAAUAAUGGUCGUUUUCACGUGUUUUGCAAGCGGACCGUCUCUCCUCCUCCUCCUUCUCCCUCACAGCUGUUUGCACAGUUGUGUGAUAUAACCGUAACUCUCCUACAACAGUCCCACGUACGCCGACCCUGGUUGCCAGCUACGGAAUCCGUCACGCCCAAAAAACGACAAGCAUGUUGGUCGAUAAGGUUCCUGACACUCCUGUGGAAGUCCUUGUGGACUUGUUAACAAAAGCCAAAGACAUAGCUGCAGCAUGCGGUUCCGUACCAGAGGACCUGAAAAUCCACCUGCAGAAGGCUCUGGACAUGGCAAGUGGACUGGAUGACUAUUUGGAGAAGAUGACCACACAAGAAAGCCAACCCCUGGCAGAGCUUUAUAAGAAAACCAUGUCUCACGACUGGGAUCGAGUGUACGAGGAGGGCAAGACGAAAUUCCGGCUUCCCAAAGAGUGCAUCACUGGGCACGUGGAGGGUCAGACCCUUAAGAUGCUGGUCCACAUGAGUCACGCCAGCAGGGUGCUGGAGAUCGGGAUGUUCACGGGCUACGGGGCCCUGUCCAUGGCAGAGGGGCUGCCCGAGGACGGCUCCAUAGUGGCCUGCGAGCUAGAGCCGUACCUCAAAGAGUUUGCGCAGCCCAUUUUCGACAAGUCCCCGCACGGUAAGAAGAUCACCGUCAAGACCGGAUCUGCCAUGGACACCCUGAAGGAACUGGCCGCUGCCGGCGAGCAGUUCGACAUGGUUUUCAUUGACGCUGACAAGAAUAAUUACAUUAACUACUACAACUUCAUCAUGGACAACAAUUUGCUAAGAUUACAAGGGGUCAUAUGUAUAGACAACUCACUGUUCAAAGGAAAGGUUUAUCUAAAAGACACCACAGAUAGCAACGGACUGGCGCUUCGAGAGUUCAAUCAAUUUGUCUCGGACGAUCCACGAGUGGAGCAGGUUAUCGUCCCUCUUAGGGAUGGCAUCAGUCUAAUUCGGCGGGUGUCAGUGACCUCCGAGCGCUCGCUCGCUCAGUGUGAAAUAACAGACGACGAGGUUUUCCGCGGGGUCAAAGGCCGACCUGUCCUGGAUCGGAUGCGGCUGGAUGGGAAGGUGGCCUACGUGACGGGCGGCGGGCAAGGCAUUGGCCGAGCGUUCGCCCACGCCCUGGGAGAGGCCGGCGCCAAGGUGGCCGUGGUGGACCUGGUUCCAGCUAAAGCUGAGGCAGUUGCAAAGGAGCUAUUUCUAAAGGGUAUCAACGCUAUUCCCGUCUCGGCCGACAUCAGCAAGCCGGACGACGUCCAGAGGAUGGUGGACACCGUCGUCUCCAAAUGGGGAGCGAUCCACAUCGCCUGUAACAAUGCUGGCGUCAACAAGAAUUCAGCGAGCGAAGACACCAGUUUAGAGGAGUGGGAUCAAACCUUUGGUGUGAACCUGAGGGGGACCUUCAUGUGCUGUCAGGCAGCAGGUCGAGUGAUGUUAAAGCAAGGCUACGGAAAGAUUAUCAACACAGCCUCUAUGGCCAGUCUAAUAGGUUCCUCCAGAGGCCCGGCAACACUUCAUCAGCAGUAUAGCCAAAUAGCCAGUAAAACGGCGUGCCAUAUGGGCCCCGCUCCCAACUGCAAGGGGCAAUCUGUAAAACAGGAGCACGCUGUCCCCCAUCCUCAGAAGCAGCUCUCCUACAACACGUCCAAGGCCGGAGUGGUCAAACUGACCCAAACCCUGGGCACUGAAUGGAUUGACAGAGGAGUCCGUGUCAACUGCAUCUCACCGGGGAUUGUUGACACCCCUCUCAUCCACUCGGAGGAUCUGAGGCCUCUGGUGCAGCGCUGGCUGUCAGAUAUCCCCGCUGGUAGACUGGCUCAAGUGACAGACCUGCAAGCUGCAGUGGUCUACUUGGCAUCUGACGCCUCCGACUACAUGACAGGGCAUAACUUAGUCAUAGAGGGUGGGCAAAGUCUGUGGUAGAUUGCCGCAGACGGACAGCUGAAAACUUCUCUCCCUCUUCACUUUCGAGUGAGCCACCUUAGAGAUAAGUAGCAUUCACAUUAUCUGCUCUAGACAUGUUCGCCGAAGCGUCAUUUGAAAUCUUUAAUGGUGCGAUGAGCAAUCGAUUAUUACUUUGUCAGUUGCACAUCCCGCGAAGGUUGUAAAUCCUACCACUUUGAAACUGUUACAACUCAGCUUUUUUUUUUAGAAUUGAUAUUUCAACAGCUCCAGGUCUUUUUUUUUUACACAUGUUGGAACCAGGUCUGAGAAGUUAAGAGCAGCCAGAAGAAACUGUAGCUUUCAAAUCGUGCCUGUACAUGCUUAUAAAUGUCCUUAAGAAACAGAUUUUAUAUUUUGUUGGUUGCAGCUAUAUUGUAUUUGCAAGUGUUGCCAGCAGAGAUGAGUUGUAAGAAAAAGACUAGUAUUUGUACUAUGAUACACUGAAAUAACUUUACAAUAAAUGUCACGGUGUUUGCUGCA